UCAUGUGGGAGGCUUGAUGUUGGCAUCCAGAGUGCAUGUCCCAGUCAUGUCCAGCCCCAUCUUCCAGCUCUAGCACAGAGGAGUUCCUGACAGAUAAUAGUAGCUGUCCUCCUUCAAUACUAAGGAAAAGGCCACCUGUGGACCAAGCAGCCGGGGAAAAGCGUAAAGCAGAGAGAAGAGUUCGAUUUCGUGAACCAGAAGAAGUCAUUGAACAUGCCAUUUCCUGCUGUGACUACGUAGUGGUACAUGACAGGUCAUCAUCUGGAUUGCCUGUGUUCAUGUGGCUCUCAUUUUGUGCCAUGCUGAUCCUGGCUGUGAGUCUCUACUACACCAGCAUGAAGAAAGAUUUCAAAGUCCUGGAAGAAUUUCAAUCCCAACUUGUUAUCUUCUUUGUUCAGAUAAGACACGUUGCUCAGAAAUGCUGGACUUGGUUUACGAGGCAGUAA